CCUCAAAGGAGCUGCAAGUGGAACACGCUGCAACAGCCUCGCCUCGCCGCGCCGCCACCCGGCCCCUGCCCCGGGCUGCCCACGGCCGGGGCAGGGCUUUAUAUGCCGCCUGCCUGGCGAGGCGGCGCAGCCUUCGCUGCUGCCACCUCCCCUGCCGCUGCCACUGCGGCGGCCCCAGCCCCAGCCUGCCUGGGUGCACGCGAGCCGGCGGGCUCCGGGUCCAGCGCCGAGCCCCCGCCCCCUCUCCCGGCGGGGUCAGCGCCCAGCCCCGCGCGGAGCAGCGCGUCCGAGCCGCGUCCCGCUCCCUCCCCCCUUCCCGCUCCAGCUGAUCCAGCCCCGCACCGGCCGCCGGCGCCUCCACCACUGCACCGAUUCAACAAGAUGGCGGGAUCCGUGGCGAAGAGGGACGCGCUGAAAAUAGAGGAUGGGCAUUUAAACAACUCCUUGGGAUCGCCAGUGCAAGCAGAUGUGUAUUUUCCACGGCUGAUCGUCCCAUUUUGUGGACACAUCAAAGGAGGAAUGAGGCCAGGAAAGAAGAUCUUAGUUAUGGGCAUGGUGGAUCUCAAUCCCGAGAGCUUUGACAUCAGUCUGACAUGUGGGGAAUCAGAAGAUCCUCCUGCGGAUGUAGCCAUUGAACUGAAAGCUGUCUUUACAGACAAACAGUUCCUCAGAAACUCUUGUGUAUCUGGCGAAUGGGGCGAAGAACAAUCAUCAAUUCCUUACUUUCCAUUUAUUCCAGACCAGCCAUUUAGGGUUGAAAUACUUUGUGAGCACCCACGUUUUAGAGUAUUUGUGGAUGGACAUCAGCUUUUUGAUUUUUACCAUCGUAUUGAAACACUGUCAGCAAUUGACACAAUAAAGAUAAAUGGAGAUCUUCGUCUUACUAAACUUGGCUGACCUGGUGAAAACUGUAGAUUCCAAACUGGCUCAGGUGCCAUCUUCUAUCUGGAAGAUCAGUGACAGCUGCGUUUGGACACAACUAUCAUAGGCAAGCUUCACUGUUUCUUUCCUGUGUGCAGUAAAGAAUAUGUUGAUGAAUUGAACUGAUCUUUAUCCUACUGAAGAAAGCUGUUGAUUUAUAGACACUGAGCCAUUUUUCUUCAGACUGACUAGCCCCUCCAUGCAGGAUAAUCAAAUUAGAAUGGAUUCAGAAAGAUUUACAGUCUUGUCAUAAGUUGCAGCAGCUAUUAACCUUCUCAGAGAGAGGCAAUUUCUGAAACAAGUGCUAAAGCCAGCGAUUGAUCCACGAUUUAAAAAAAAAUUUUUUUUUUGCAAAUAGUUUCAGCACUGAAGUGGAUUAGUGUAGCACAGCACAGCGCCAAAUGCUGACAUCCUUAUCCAGGGCCUGAUCCUGUCUCCAUUUAAAUCAAUGGCAAAACUCCCAUUGACUUCAGUGGGCCAUGACUCAUGAUCAAACUUUCAGUCCUUCAGUUGAGUGCAAUUCUCAUUGAUUUCUAUGAGUUUUGCCGAAGAAAGGGGCAGAUCCUCAGCUGAUGUUAAUCAGCAUAGUUCCAUUAACUUCAGUGGAAUUAGGCUGAUUUAUGCCAGCGGAAGAGUUCACCCACGGACUGUGCAAAAAUUGAGUAAGGGCUUCAGGAUUUGGCUUGUAUAUUUUAGUCAGGGUAUUUGUAUAGAAUGUAGAUUGUUACAAGUUUUUGCACAAUGGAACGUUAAUACAGACUUUGACGCUUACUCGUAGUUUAUUUAUUUAUACUCAUCUCUGUAUGUAUUCUUAGUAAAAAUGAACGAUUUUACUGACAGUUAAGAACAGCAAAGUAUAAGUAUUUUGAAUGUACAAAUGUCUUAGAUUCUUUGGGUAAACUUGACAUAUCAGUAUUGAAGCACUACAGGUGUCUUGCUGAAUGAUUGGUUACAUUCUAAUUGUGCCCUCUAGACCCAGAAAGGUAGGGGGUCUGCUCGUGUAUUCACUAUAGACUGUUUUUCAGGACUUUAUAACUUUGCUGUAAAUGUUAAGUCUGAGCUAAAGCGAUUUAAAAAAAAAAUCUUAUAUAGAAGGUUUGUAGGUUUAAUUGUGCUUUUUGAAACUUAGCCUGCAGAAUUUAAUUCUGUUCUCAUCCGUUCAUAGUGGGCGCUAGCCUUUUGGGGGUAAGUGGGAAAUUCUCUGCUCGCAUCGAAGGGCAGAAUUUGGUCUUUGGUAUUAAAAUUUUAAAUAGUGUGUGGACAGCCAAGUUAUUAGCACUUGAAAAUCAGCUACUGCACAUGAAUAACUUUUCCAAAGCUUUUUAAAUAAUAGGUAUAGCUCUCUAAACACUGUAGCUGCUCUACACUACGAAUGAACACGGUAACUUUUCAUAGUUUCUGUAGGACUUCAUACACUUUUCCUUGGAUGUACACAGUGGACUACAAGAAGUCUUUUUGAGUUGUUCUAGUCUGUGAAAUAAACAUUUAUUUAGACAAUUUAUAAAAAUGUAUUAUAGGGACUUUUUAAGACGUAUUUUGAAGCCUUUUUUUGUAGUACAACAUAAAAAAAAAAAGAAAAAAAGGAAGAAUAAUCUCUCUGAACUAUGUUUUUAUUAUAAAUUUAAGAUCUGGUUUAAGCCAACCAAAACUGAAACAUCCAGAGUUAAGGCUAGAACACCAAUUGUCAGUCAGUUCAUUUUGUCCUCACUUUGAGCUAAUCUGGCCCUGAAUCAGGAAGCCUUAGACAGUGAGCUAAAAUUCCAACUAUGGCCCUGAUCCAGAGCUUAUUAAAAUCAGUGGGAGUCCUUCUGUUGACUUCACUGGCCUCUGGAUGAGGCUCCAUAUAAGCUAAAACCACAGAGGCGUGAUUUGUAUCUCACUUACACUAAUAUAAAUGAAAAGCAGCUCUAUUAAAGUCUGUGGAGUUUUGCUGAUGCAAAUGAGAUCAGGAUUGGGCCCCUAGCCAAACAGUGCAAAUUAAAGUUGGAGUUUUAGCCUUAUCUUUGAAUUUCUGUGAUUUCUCCCCUCCCUGCACCCCCUGCCCCUUUAAACCAGAGCCUAAAUGUUAUUUUCAGGUGAUUUUUCUGGUGUGUGACUUUAUAUGUAAAUUGGACUCUGUUUGUACUGCAGGUUGAUUCUUGAUAUGAAAUGUUCCUGUCUUGCUUUGUUUUUAUCAAUUUUACAUGAUACAUAAGUAAUGAAAUGACUGUGUCAUUUUCAAAUGUGUUAAGAAUGCUGGCCGUGUUUCAGUACAAAAAUAUAUUCUUAAAAAUAAAAUCCUAGGAAAAGACGCAUUUACAUGAAACCUCUGGAUUAUUCCCCAGCUUUGAAACUGUUUACAGUUGCAAGGCAGAUGCAGGUAGAAGAUACACUAGUAGCCAACUGGUCCAGCAUUUUCUCAAUCUUGAACAUUUAGGGGCAGGCUCUUGGGUGUGGUGCUACUUCUUUGUGCCCUGUCACCAGCAGAAUCCAGUCAUAUUGCUCAUGUAACUGGCCCAAGGAGGCUAUCGCCGAAGAAAGAACAAUCCUCUGCUAGCACAGAGCCAGGGUAGGUGCUCUUAUGCCGCUUCCUGUCCCCACUGUUUGCAUAGCUGGGGCCCAGAGGCUUGGCUGGGCUGUCACUGUGCUAAGCUGAUCUCUGACUGCGUUUUCUGCCCCUUGGGACUGCUUGCAGCUGGUGUAAG